CUAAACCUCUUCAUCAGUCCAUGAGAGCUCUGUUUCGUGCUGCGAGAGCUAGUUCAAGGCUCUUCAGCACGUCGCAUGCCUCGAGACAGCAUCAAAAUGUACUGGACGAGCUAGAAGCAAGAGGUUUCGUGGCUGCCGUCACCAGCCCGACAAUACGCCAACAUGUGAACAGCCCCAGUUGUAUCUAUUCUGGAGUGGACCCAUCUGCGCCGUCCUUACAUGUUGGUAACCUUCUUCCGCUCAUGGGCCUACUGCACUUUCACCUCGCAGGACAUGAAGUCAUAGCUCUGGUGGGCGGAGCGACUGGAUCUAUCGGAGAUCCUUCGGGACGUUCGAGCGAACGACCUAUCCUCUCGGCUGAACAGCUGAAGACGAAUGUGGAAGGGAUCACCGGUCAGAUUGGAAAGUUCUUUGCUCGGGGCGAAGAGCUUGCUUCUUUGUUUGUGGAGGCCAAACCUCCGGUCAAACGGCAUCCUGUCAAGGUGCUCAACAAUCUGGAAUGGUUUGGUCAGAUGAGCCUACUGGAUUUCCUGCGAGGGACAGGGAAGCAAGCUCGUGUCAGCGCUAUGCUGUCGAAAGAGAGUGUCAAAUCACGUCUCGCUGACGGAGGAAUCUCUUUCACUGAAUUCUCGUAUCAACUUUUACAAGCGCACGACUUCUCAGUCCUCAAUCAAGAGUACGGCUGUCGUAUCCAACUUGGAGGGAGUGAUCAGUGGGGAAACAUCGUCGCUGGCAUCGACCUCAUUAAUCGGCAACGGAAAACUUUGAACGCUGAAGAGGGUCCCAUCGAAUCAGAGUCGCAAGAUGAAGUCUUUGGCAUGACUCUGCCCCUGCUGACUACAGCCUCUGGAGAGAAGUUUGGAAAGAGUGCUGGAAAUGCGGUCUGGCUGGACGCUUGCAAAACCAGUGUAUCGGAUCUGUACCAAUUCUUCUAUCGGCAACCUGAUUCCAUGGUUGAGGUGUACCUGAAGACUUUGACGUUGUUGCCUCUGGCAACUAUCGAAGAAACCUUGGCUCGACAUAGAGAAAGGCCUCAGGAGAGGAUCGCUCAACGAGUGCUGGCAGAGCAAGUGACUCACCUGAUCCAUGGCGAGGAUGUUUUGCAGAAAUGUCUGCGGGCUGCCGAGCUCUUGUUCAACACUCCACUAUCGCAGUAUCGAUCCGAGGAGAUAGCACACGUCUUCGCAACGGAUACUCGGUUCAAGACAGUCUCUUGGAAUGACAUUGAAUCGAUCCCCCUGCGGAAAAUUAUGGCGACGUACGGGCUGACCGCAUCAAGCAGUGCUGCUGCGAAAGCCUGUGCCGAAGGCGCCGUAUCUGUGAACGGAGCCAAGGUUCUUGAUCACAAGUCGUGCCUCGACAAGACACUCAUGCUGGACGAUCACCUCUUUAUACUGAAAUUAGGCAAGAAGGAUCAAUUCAUACUGUAUGUAGAAUAAGUAUUCAUGGUAGGCAUGACAUGAACGAAACAUGGACCCGUCGACC